GACACCACAGGGGGCACCGAGGCAGAACGGGGGGACCCCCAACCCCCCCCCACGCCCACAGCCCUCAGGGGUCACCCCGAAGGGGACAUUGGGGACAUCGCCGUGGAGUGGGGACCCCCUCAACCCUCAGACCGGGCACUCUCCGAUCCCCCGGAGCUGCCCCUGGGAUCUGGGAGGGGGCAGCUGGAAUGGGCGGAGCAGGACCCCCCUGCAGUCCCCACCCCUCUGGAGCUCAGCCCAGAUCCCCUUUAGGGGGGCCGGUGGAGCCCCCCGGGGGGGGGUCCCACCCAGGGCGGGGGGAGGCCCAACGUUUGGCCUCCCGCCUGUUCCACCUGGAGGGCGUCCGGAAAUCCCAGGUGGCCUCAUUCCUCCGCAAAAACAAUGAUUUCAGCGCGAUGGUGGCCCAGGAAUACCUGGAAUUCUUCCAGUUCCAGGGGCAGAUGCUGGACCAGGCGCUCAGGUCGUUCCUGCAGGCCCUGGUGCUGUCGGGGGAGACGCAGGAGCGGGAGCGGGUCCUGGGCCACUUCUCCCGGCGCUUCCACCGCUGCAACCCCGGGGCCUUCCCGUCCCCCGACUCGGUUCACUCCCUCACCUGUGCCCUGAUGCUGCUGAACACGGACCUGCAUGGGCAGCACCUGCGCCGGGCCAUGACCAGCUCCGAGUUCGUGUCCAACCUCAGUGGGAUGAACGACGGGCAGGACUUUCCCAGGGAGCAGCUCAAGGCUCUUUACGGCUCCAUCCGCAGCAAGAAGCUGGAGUGGGCGACGGAGGAGGAGGAGGAGGAGGAAGAGGCCAGGGGAGGGAAGAAGAUCCUCCCCCAAAUCCCGGAGCUGCCAGGGGGGGCCGUGACCUUCCGCAGGGGGUGGUUGGCCAGGAAGGUCCUGGCAGAGGCUGAUGGCAAGAAAACUCCCUGGGGCCGCCGGGGCUGGAAGCCCUUCCAAGCCGUUCUCCGCGGGACCUUCCUGUUCUUCCUCAAGGCCGGGGGGGGGGCCCGGGGGGUCUCCCGACGCCCCUCAGAGCCGGGACCCCCCGGGGCCCCCCCAGAGGAGGGUGGGGGGGCCGAGGAGCCCCUGGGGGUCCAUCAUGCCCUGGCUGAGAGGGCCCCCAAAUACACCAAGCGGCCCAACGUGUUCCGGCUGCAAACGGCCGAGCGGAGGCUGUUCCUGUUCCAGGCCCCCACCCCCGAGGAGAUGCUGUCCUGGAUUUCCCGGAUCAAUCUCGUGGCCGCCCUGUUCUCCUCCCCUCCGUUCCCGGCGGCCGUGGGGUCCCAGCGACGCUUCGUGAGGCCCAUCCUGCCCACGGCCCCCAGCAGGAGCCCCCCAGAGGAGCAGCUGCGGUGCCACGAGCAGUGGCUGGAGCGGGUGGGGCAGGAGCUCCUGGAGCACCAGAGGCACCUCCCCGAGGGCUGGGGCCGUGCCCGGGACCUGGACGAGUAUCGGGUCAAGAAGGAAUUCCUGCUGGAGGAGCGCCGGCGCUACGAGACCUACGUGCAGGUGCUGGAGACGUGGCUGAACUCGGGCGCCCGGGACCUGGAGGGGUGGGAGGCGCAGGCAGGGGGGGCCCCCCCAGACCCCCCCACUCUGACCAAGGCCCACUCGAGCCCCUCACUGGCCCCUGAGCCCCCCCCGGGCCCCACCGUCCGUGUCCGGAGGAACAUCUCGGAGCGAAGGACCGUGAGGAAAAUCGUCCCCAAGCGCAACAAGAACCUGCUGUGACCCCCUGGGGGGACCCCAAGGGACAGGAUCCCACCGGGGAGCCACCCCCAGGACCCCUUGGUACGAGGUUCUUUGGGGGGUCCCGGUACGAGGUUCCUUGGGGCCCCCCCAGUUUGAGCCACCCUGGGGGGAUUCAGGAUGGGGAAACUCAGGGAAAACACCCCUUUCCCCCUCCCAAAAAGGGGGCUGGGGGGGCUGAGGGGUUGUAACUCCCC